AUGACAAUUACAAAUGAGCAAACCACUACAACAAGUGGGAAAGUAAUUGACUUGGGAGAAAGAGAAACGACGACUGUUGUCAACAUAUUAGGACUUUCUCUUGUAAAUAUACUACAAGAUAUCAGAAAUAGUCAAGAAACAUGUACAUCAUCCUCAGAAACAGCAACAUUUUUAACUCAACGCAGUCUUGAUGAUAAAGAUGGACUAUAUAUUCACUGCCUGAUGACUGGAUUUAUGGCGGUUUAUCUAACAUUCAUUGAACUUGUUCUGUCAGACUCAUUUCAUGAUUUCAUGCGACUAUUUUCACCGUAUGAUUCCUUGUUAAGCACGCCAUUUGUAUGGUACUACUAUAAACAUCAUGUUUCACUACUAUGUCACCUACGCAUACAACUUGAUCAUCUUGAUAUAUCAAUCACUAGCAUUGACACCAUCAUUUCCAAAUUUUAUACCCACUACUUUUUAGAAACAUCAGCCCAGAAGCAUCAAAAGGAUCAUGGUCAAUAUUAUACACCCAAACCAGUCAUUCAGUUCAUGUGGGAGAAGGUAAUUGCGUCAAGGCCUCUUUUAGUACACUACGGUAUACCACGCAUCUUUGAUCCAUGUCUUGGAAUAGGCUCCUUUUUAUGUGAAUACAUUCAUCGAUUGAUUGAGCAGUGUAGACGAGAUGUAUGGAAUGACGCUGAGCGCCUUGCCAAGCUGUUGACACAAGAUAUUCCUGAAAGCAUAUGGGGAGUAGAGAUUGAUCCGUUUACAUAUCAUUUAUGCAAAUUGAACAUGAUGGUUCACUUGUUUCCUAUUUAUCAAAGAUUAAAUGAACUCCAAUUAAGCUUACCGUCACAUUCAAUAAAUCGAUUGAGAUUAUUUUGUAAUGACACGCUCACGUUGCGAUGCGAUGACGGUAACCAAGAUGCUUUUGAAAAGGACUGCCUCAAUCUAUUACGUGAUCCUUCAAAGCUAAAGUUUCAUUAUAUCGUCACAAACCCACCCUACAUGAUCAGAAAGACCGGAUUCAUCACUCAACCCGACCCUACGCUCUAUGAUCUGCAAACACUCGGAGGAAGAGGUACUCAAGCUUAUGUAUAUUUUAUGUGGGCUGCUCUUCAACGAAUUGAUGAUCAGCUUGGUCAAGUCUGUCUGAUCACACCCAGUCAAUGGACCAUACUCGAGUUUGCCCAGCACUUCCGAGAAUGGAUCUUGAUGAAUUGUAAGCUGCUAGACAUGUAUGAAUUUGAACCUUAUAAAAUCUGGCCCAAGGUACAAACAGAUUCACUCAUUUUCCGUAUUUGCAAACGUACAUCGAUACUGGAUCAUUUUGAAUAUACACUCUAUCUUCGAAACAAGGCUCGAAAUACACCACUUGCUGACCUGUUGCAACAGUAUCGCGAUUUCAAUCCUCUGACAAACUGUAACCCCCAGCUUCAGUUCCGAUACAGCUUUUGUUUAAAGAGUUGUAAGGGUAUGGCUUCCUUUGCGUUCAUUCUUCCAACCACCUCCUGUCUGGACGAGCUUAACAGGCUUACUGGUCAUUUGCCACGGUUAUGUGAUGGAGAAGGCAAGAGAGAUGGUCAAGCGCCUCUCGUUUGGCAUCGAGGGCCUAAUACAAACCCUGUUUAUGCUCUUGUGGUCAGAACUGCAUGGGCACGACACAAAUUUGGAGAUAAAGUGUGUCAGCAGUGGUUAAAGCCUUGCUUUUACUGGAAUGGUAAGUCAGGGUAUGCGUCUACUGGAGGCGGUAAAGAAGGAGAAUUUUGGAAAACAAGGGAUCCACUUCGACUCAUCAAAAAGGAAGCCUCAGCAGCCGAAGCGUACUGGCCAUACCGCUCAUAUGACGAAAAGGAGUCAUUUUAUUCUCUCAUCAUGAUCAAUAGAGAAGACGCUGACUACUUGCGAGCACAGAGCACAGAGGACGAGAGUUAUGCUGUGCUCUAUAAUUACUUACACGAAGCUCGUCUUUCAUUGCAGGCCAACAAGAACGAUAAAGAUAUUGUGUAUUGUCAGUACAGCAAGUGUGGGACAGAAUAUCCUGUAAAGAUCGUUCAUCCUAUCAACUGUGGUUAUUAUUCACGUACGCAGCCUCGUCAAAGAUUUUUUAUAGACACGACACAGAUAGCCGUGACGAACCAGUGUAUUUAUUUUACGAUUCAACCCUCGACUCCUUGGCAAGACUAUGAUUACUUUUGCGGCAUCUUGAAUUGUACUCUCUUGCAGUACUUUACCAAAGUGUACUGCAGUUAUGAUCAGCAAGGUCGAAUGCGGUUCUUUGGACGGUCUAUGGCCACUAUACCAUUUGCUCCACCUCCUUCUGCUCGAUUCAUGCAUGAGCUUGCUCUCUUUGUACAGUCCGUCACAUUCAUUCGCACAUGGUUGUACACAUUUAUUCGACAUACACACAGUGGACAACGACUGAUGGAACGUGUAAGAAGCUACGAGUGGCGCCUUGAUGAAGCUGACAAGGCGGCGUUAAGCCAUUACGAUACGCUUGACAUACGACCCGAUGCUGAUCUAGCAAGUUUUUCGUGCUGGCAAAGUAUACAAUGGAUCGAUGAUUUUGUACAGAGGAAACGAGGCGAUGCGUUCCACUGUUUUGUCGUUUUGUUGAAAAUUGCAUCUUUAUUUCAGUUUGCGAUUGAUCAGAUGGCCUAUUAUGCAUACGGUAUUCCUCUUCAUCUGCAGUUGGAAGUAGAAAAGGAGUUACAGUUGAUCAGCCAACGUAGAGAAUGGUCAAUGCAGAUUAGGGAACAGGAAUAUAAUGAAGAAAAUUGGAGUAGUUUGAUCAUAAACACAGCAAAAUCCCUGGUGGAUUAG